AUUGUUAAACACAAAGAAUUUGAAAUUUAAAGUAUCCAUGAACUGGUACUUCAUUAAUAUCUUUGUUUGAAGAUCAAACCGUAUUGCUCAGAGUUCAUAUAACAUUCACAAAACGGAUAAAGAUCUUAAAAGCCGCGUGUUUAUAUAGGACUAAUGUAUUUAGUAACAAUGUGAGAAAAAAGAAAUGUAAUUUGUUUGUCCAGAGGAUAAGAUGUAAAAAAUUUAAUAGUGAAUGACCUUCGUUUAAAAAUCGGAUUUGGAUUCUUGUAAUUGACAAACACGUUAAGCACUUGCUUGCAGAAAUAAUGGGCUCAAUGUAUAUGAGUGAAACGUUAUUAACGCAAGACCUGAUGUCGACGGCUUAUAAGAAGUUCUGGCCUGUAACUAAUGGAAAGAGGAGGGGUGAAGAACCGGUUAAAUACAGAUGUUCAAGACAAAGGUCCAGAUCAUGUGGUGCAGCGUUUCGAACACAGGGGAUGGCGCAAGAGAUAAUGAAAAGAUCGGCUAGAAAAGUGGAAUUUAAUGAUAGCAAUGUGAUAGUUGUUGAAACAAUGGUGCGAAACGAUCGGGCAACAAAUGGAAACGAUACUAUUAAAACUAACGGUGAUUAUGCAGUGAAUAUGCACAACAAUCAAGAGGAGAUGAGGCAGAAAUGGAAAAAUGACACGGGCAAAAAUGGAUUUUCUAGACUUGACAUGAGCACGUUGCAAAAUAUUGGCUGGGUGUCGGGUGCAAAUGAUGAGAAGAAACAUGAGGCACUGGUUAAAGCAGAAGACUUCUACUCGAUGACAAAGGUUGAGUUCCGGCGUCUCCAAGAACAGGUCAAGGACGUUAGCAUGAAUCUGAGGAACAAGUUCAGGACUUCUGCUUAUCAGCAUCCGAUGAACGACACAAUGGGUGGACAAGGCGAGAAAUUAUACCAGAGACCGAAUCCUGAGAAUCCAAACCAGAUCUACCGCAGCCAGCUAGCAGCGAGUCUCAAAGCUUUCCAGCAAAAGCAAUGGCCGCCAUUGAGUCAUCAGGAAUUAGAAACAACUUAUAUACGAUGUAAACCUGUACAGGCUAACUACGAGAGGCCAUCCACUUCGUGUUCCAUGCGAGGUGGUCCGCCGAGCCGGCCUCUGCGUCCUAAAUCUGUACCAGCAUCUUCACUAAGACAGAAACUUUCAACGCGGUCCGACACGCCGACAGAUGUUCGACCAGGAAAAUUUGAUACUUUGAGGCCAUCAAUCGCCUCUGAAUUUAUAGGACCUACGGAACGGCCACCUUCUGAUUACGAGGGGCCAGCAGACGAAAAAGCACCUUUCGUUGACGAACUAAUUGCAGAAACAAAGAGAUUCAUCGAGAAUGAUGACACAAGCACUACGUCUGGGAUAGAUUCUGGUGCAUCUGAUAACGAAAGUCCGAGUUCGGACGAAGAUAGUGAUUUUGAACCAGAAAUAGAUGAAGAAAUUGUUAUACCGGAGCUAAAUUUACGCCCUGAGAAAUUAGACGCUAUUUAUAAACCAGAACCAAAACGUGGAUGGAGACAAUACGAUUUUGACAUGUCAAAUAUUGAUAUACCACCGUAUGAAUUCGAGAGUCCACUUCCGGAAGACCUUGAAGAUCUUGAUUUAAGACAAAUGGCAAAACUCAAGUGGAACUGGAGAAACCAUGUUAAGAAUAAAACAUCACGUGAUUCUGAUCUCGAGGGUGUUCUUGAUAGGCUUGUAGAAUUUGAAAAAUUACAAGCAGACACUAUAGAAUGGGAAAACAAAAGAGCAGCACAAAUCAAAAAAGCUUUGCCCAGACGCAAUAACAGUUCUAAAUCGUUGCAGUCACUAAUAAAAGACAAAAGAUGUGACACAGACUGCCUUCAAGCCACAUGUUUUGGGGAUUGUCCAGAAAAACUUGUUACACGACCUACGUGCGAAUAUUGUAGACAGGCUUUCUGUACCGGAACUUGUAAAGAACUUAAAUAUGAUCAGCGCAUGCGCCAAAGUAGAAUGGAAGAAGAGAGGCCGGUCACUCCGAAGCCACCAUUUCCUCGCGCAUGUGUAUCGUGCCAGAAAAGGCACAAUGCAAAAUUUAUUAACGCUAACAAUCUUAUUCUAGGAACACAACGUUUGAAUAACUCUACUUUCAAUCGCGGGCAGGGUUCUCAGAAACCUAAAGAUAUACGACCAAAAACUCCGAACAGUUUAUCCAAGGACGUUUUGAAAGAAUUCGAAAAACUAAAUAUAGAAGCAUCUCUCCCGCCACGUCCCAACACUACCAUGGCAAUAAAUAGGCCAAGAAGUCGUAAUUCUUCAUUUCCGGGGAAAAGUUUCAAUUCUCAAAGGAAAAACUCUUUGACUGAAUUAGAUAAAGUUGGAACCGUGAAAAAGAAAAGAACUAAGAGUGCGGUCAAAGUAAAACGUCCAAAAACAGCCGGAUGACUUAAUCUAUCUCCUAAAAAUUUCACAUUGCCGCGCAUUUAAUAACUUCACCCGUUAUUUUGCAUUUUGAUAUACGCUGCCUAUUUAAAAGUAGUUUUUUUCCCAAGUUUCUAAUCGGAAUAUAAACUAAGCUGACGAGUAUGAAGAGGGCACAUAUUUUUAAACAUUCACAUUGGUAUGGAUCAGUAAAGCGUACAUUACUAUUGCUAUUGUUAACUACUUACUUGAUUUGUUUGUAAAGGAAGGGCUAUGCAAGUGCUAUAGUUUUUAAGUACAUCUAUCUACACGUUUUCAAACAUACUAAGACUGGCAAAAUAAAUAAAGUACAUUCAGUAUACAUUAACUUCUUGUUCAACUUACGGACAUGACGGAUAGACAUGAAUGAAAUGUUACCUUUCACAAGUAACUAUAUACGAUGAAAAGCGCUCGUUGACCGAGCGACCUUACUUGCGCAAGCAGUUUAUAUGGCCCCUUUGGUUUUCCUUACAAUAUUUUUCCUAUGUACGGAUCGUACAAAAUCCUGGAUAGUUCACCUUCAGUGUUUAAUAGCGUAGCGUUUAUUUGUGCAAAUUAUGGGGUGACUUUGUUUAUUUCCCGGAGUUGUGGAAUUACAAUAUUUUGUACGUAUCGUUGAACAGGAGACUUUCGAAUAAAGCGUGUGGUUCGUAAGCUGGAAGUUCGAGCUGGAAAAUAAAUAUACUUGUGAAACACGUUAUAUGUACCAUGUGCUCAAUCAACAGGCUCCGUUUAAGGUAAUGGACCGUAAUGACAACCGACAAAUUCCGUAUUCUCAGUUUGCUAUUUCGGCAUUCGAAGACCUGGAGCGCCUGUGUAAAUUACAGACUCCGGUAUUGAUACCAGAUUCAAGCAAUAUGGACGAAAAGUAUCUGAAAUGUAUAUAUUUUGUUACCAUGGUAAUGCUAACCCUAACCUUUAGUCAGUAUUAAACUGAUAAUCACUUCCGGACAUGCGCAGAACACCGCUCCAGCUCUGCAAUGAGCAACAGCGUCGGCAUUCUCCGUUUUUUUACGAAAAACGAAAAAACGUACGCGUUGAACUAUAUUUACAUCCGGAGAAUGCCGAAUUGCCAAACGAGAGUACGAAAUCACACGGAAAUUGCCGAGCACAUUACGGGUCCACUACCUUAAUUACAGAAUCAAAUAUAUUUAUAUAUGUAUUUAUUUAAAAUGUGCUAUUUAUAUUCAAGUGCAAUUUGCUUGACUGUAUAUGUGUACUCCAACUAACAGCGAACAGUGCUGUAUCAUGUAUUUGUGCACUCGUGCUAACAAUGAACAGAUCUGUAUCUUAUAAAUUGACUGUAAACUGAGAACUGCUACUGCCAAUCGGUGUUUAAUUGAGCAGGCUUCCGUCAGCUUCAUUAGCAUGCAUGUAUUUCUGUAUAAUUUUGCGUCGAAAGUACGAAUUUAUGAGAAGAGAUAUCAAUUAUA